AUAUUAUAUAUGUGAGUGAUAAUAACGAAGAAGUUUUACACUUGUAGUCCUAUAUUCAUAAUUUAAUAUUAUUGUGUAACAACCUAAUUACAUCAUAACUCAUAGGAUUCUUAUACGUAUAAAUGAUGUGAAUCCGCAUAUAAUCAUAUUAAAGUAAUCAUUUUCUCGAUUAUAAUUACUAUGGAAGACACAACUGAAGGUCCAAGCAAUAAUAGAACAGCUCAGAGCUUUAAAGUUGUCUUGCUUGGAGAAGGAUGUGUUGGAAAAACUUCAUUAGUAUUACGAUACACCGAAGAUAAAUUUAGUGACAAACAUGUUAGCACUCUACAGGCUUCAUUUGUAAAAAAAAAACUAAAUAUAAAUGGUCGGCGUAUACAUUUAGCAAUAUGGGAUACUGCAGGGCAGGAACGAUUUCAUGCUUUAGGUCCAAUAUAUUAUCGAAUGUCUAAUGGAGCUAUACUUGUUUAUGACAUAACAGAUGAAGAUUCAUUCCAAAAGGUUAAAAAUUGGGUAAAAGAACUGAAAAAAAUGUUGGGUAAUGAAAUUUGUCUAGUUAUUGCUGGAAACAAAAUUGACUUAGAAAAAGACCGUACAGUGUUGGUUGAAGAUGCAGAAAACUAUGCACAUUCAGUCGGUGCAGUCCAUUUUCAUACAUCAGCAAAAUUGAACACGGGCAUCGAAGAUUUAUUUUUAAAUUUAUGCCAGAUGAUGAUAGAUAAAGCAGAUAAACAAAUAGCUCAUAAUGUGGCUACUUUAAAUCGUUCAGGAAGCACCAGAAGAACUAUAAUAAUUGAUGAUGAAGAAGCACCAGUAGAAGGAUCUUCAGGAUGGUGCUGUAUUAGUGGGUGAUAGCUAUAUCAUUAAAAUUGUUAUUUUAACCCUUUUAAGCUUGGAGAGUUCCAAUUUGUGAUAUUGUAAGUUGUUGUUAAAAAAACUAUGGCUAAAAAAUAUUUAAUAGAAAUAUAUAUAUAUAUUUUUGUAUUAGUUAACUACUAAUAGAUUUA